CCUUUCGCCCCCCUCUCUCAACUUUUUCAACAUCAUGGCAACGCCACCCAUGAACAAGGAGGUGGAUCCUUAUGCGUCUCACGUAUACGAUCUCUUUCGAUGGAGAGGUUCAAUCAUCACUGCUAUCUUUCCUUACUGGUUGACAUCGGUAGCAUGGUCUGCUCUCAUAUCUGCACUCUAUGUGAGUGUAGGAGUGCAUGUGAUAGGCUUUACAACUACAUUGAUCACUAUCUUAUCCAUGGUUACAUCUUUGAUCCUUGUCUUCCGUACCAACACAGCCUAUGACCGAUUUUGGGAAGGCAGAAGGCUUUGGUCUCAGCUUGUGGUCAGCGUUCGGAACAUGGCCCGAGUCAUAUGGAUUCACGGUAAGGAACCGACUGUAGCGGAUAUAUUAGCCAAGAAGACAGCUAUCAAUUUGCUGGCUGCCUUUGCCGUUGCUACCAAGCAUUAUCUCCGACAAGAGUACAAUCAUGACUACGAUGAUCUCAAGUUCCUGGUGGCUCAUAUUCCAAAAUACACUAUGCCCUCGUCCAACGAAUCGUACGAAGAUCAAAUCAAUAAGCCUGACAAGUGGAAACGCUGGUUGAAUCCCGUUGCAGGUACAAACGGUAGCGUGCGACACCGAAAAUCAUUUUUCCAUACCAAGCCAAAGGCAAGCAGCGAUCUGUCCUAUUCACCGGAAGCUGUAUUGGACAGCGCUGAUAUCGCCAAAUUUCGUGGUAGCAACAACAUUCCGUUGGAGAUCUCAUUGUAUCUUAGUAGCUAUAUCAACUCUCAACGUCAAAAGGAUUUGUUGGAUGUUCCGUCUACCACCGCUACUAUGAAUGCCCUAAACAGUCUUGUGGAAUGUCUGACAGGCUUCGAGCGCAUUCUCCGUACCCCUAUUCCGGCUGCUUACUCAAUCCAUCUUUCACAAACCAUUUGGGUGUAUAUUUUGGCUCUUCCCUUCCAGUUGGUCGCCUCAUUCGGCUAUGUCACCAUUAUCGUUCAAGCUAUUGCAUCGUUUACACUGUUAGGUAUUGAGGCAAUUGGCAAGGAAAUUGAAAACCCUUUCGGUGAGUUUCAUGUGUACUGACUUUUGUGUUUUAU